GUGUGAUGGCUGUACACUAAGGCUGUCUCUCAGGAGCUUAGCCGAGCGUGCAAUCACUGGCUGAACUAGGGCUGUGUGCUUAGUCCUCGUGCAAUCACUGAUUGCACCAUAACGUGCAACUGCAGCGGAUCAUGCGCCUCGUCCUCGCGCUCUGCUGCGCGGCCCAUGCCUUCGUAGGGCCCCACCGCAGCGCCCCACCACGGCUCCAGGCCACGGCCCAGGAGAUCUCGGCGAAGACGGAGGGCACGGAGACGAUCUUCUCGCUCGAGGAGGUGCAGAAGAUCCUGCCGCACCGCUACCCCUUCGCGCUCGUGGACAAGGUUAUCGAAUACGAGGCGGGCAAGAGCGCCGUGGGCGUCAAGUGCGUGACCUUCAACGAGCCCCAGUUCACGGGCCACUUCCCGGACCGCCCGAUCAUGCCGGGCGUCAUGCAGAUCGAGGCGUUGGCGCAGCUCGCGGGCGUCGUGUGUUUGCAGAUGGAGGGCGCCGAGCCGGGCGCCGUCUUCUUCUUCGCGGGCGUCGACGGCGUCAAGUGGAAGAGGCCCGUCGUGCCCGGCGACACGUUAGUUAUGGAGGUCGAGAUCACGAACUGGAAGGCCAAGUUCGGCAUCGCCAAGGCGACGGGCCGGGCCUACGUCGACGGCAAUUUGGCCGUCGAGGUCGGCCAGAUGACCUUCGCCCUCGCCAAGUAGUACUUACCAAAAUAAGA